AUGCAUUUCGAUGAUAUACUGCCUAUAUUGGGGGAAUUCGGUCGAUAUCAAAAAUUCCAGUUGUUUUUAAUAUGCUUGACCUCGAUUCCUAUCUCUUAUUUCCUACAAGCAAACACGUUUAUGAGCGCAUCUUCCGACCAUUACUGUAAAGUUUACGACAACCAGACAUUCCAUGACACAUCUCCGUUGAAAAACUGUACGAUUCCAUACGAUGCUGAUGGCGAAACGUGGGACUCGUGUAGUCGAUAUGACGUCAACGUUUCGAUGGGUAUAUCACCUGAACUUUGUUCACAGGAUUCUGGUACACAAGACUGUGACAAUGGAUGGGUGUACGAUAGAUCAGUGUAUGAAAACACUGUAGUGCAUGAGUUCAACCUGGUAUGCAACAAUGAUUGGAUGAAACAGUUUUCGAAAUCCGUUGUACCAUUCGGGAAUUUAUUUGGAGGAAUAAUAUUCGGACAGCUCUCAGACAUAUUUGGUCGAAAACCUUUGUUUGUAAUUACGUUAAUAUCGGCAGCGGUAUUUGGUGUACUGGCGGCAUUCUCUCCAACUUACGCAGCGUUUGUUGUGUGCCAAUUUGUACUUGGCGUGGUUUCCAUCUCUACUGGUUUGAUAGGGUUUGUCAUAGUGGUGGAAUUGGUUGGUCCAUCCUACAGACUUACAUGCUCUAUAUUAACGUCGUUCUUCUUACCAAUCGGCGAGUUUUUACUGGCAUUCAGCGCUAUUGUUUUUAAUGGACAUUGGAGAAAAAUACAGUUGUUUGGAGGAGUGAUAAGCAUAAUUUUUAUUCCAUACUAUUGGUGGUUGAUGCAAAGAGGUAACUAUGGAAAAGCUGAGAAGAUUUUACGCAGAGCCGCACAAAUGAACAAAGUGACGCUACCGAAUGAUAUAUUUGACGAAGAAAAGGAAAUGUUGGUCUCCCAGGAUAAGAUAGAAAAGGAGAUCGAAGAUCAGAAUAAAACAAUGCUCGAUCUAUUUAAAACACCAACUCUACGGAAACGGACUAUAUACAUGUGUUUCAAUUGGUUCGCCGUUAGUCUUGUAUAUUAUGGGUUGGCUUUGAACACCGACCAACUGGGGACUAAUCCAUAUACUACGUACGUCAUAUCCGGUGUAGUGGAACUUCCAUCAUAUCUCUUGUGUUGGUAUUUACUUGAUAAGAUUGGCCGUCGUUGGACGAUGUGUUCAUGUAUGGUGUUUGGAGGAAUAGCAUUAAUUCUUAGUGCUAUACCAGAUAAUAAUGUUAUAUCGUCAGCAUUUGCAAUGGUUGGGAAGUUUUUUAUUUCGGGCGCGUUUCUUAUAGUGUAUAUUUUCGCCGUGGAGAUUUAUCCAACGCCAGUCAGGAAUGCAGGGCUGGGACUAUCGUCUACAUGUGCACGUAUUGGCAGUAUUAUAUCUCCUUACGUUAUUCUACUAACCAGGAUAUGGCACCCUACGCCCUUUCUCAUUAUGGCCAUAACAUCCAUAAUUGCGGGUCUACUUGCGUUACUUUUACCGGAAACACGAAAUAAAGACCUCCCUGAAACACUGGAAGAAGGCGAAUUAUUUGGAAUGAAACGUUACAAAAACUGUACAGAUGAGAACGAAGAAGAAGAUACUGAAUCCUUUGAAAUGCAAUCACAGUGUGACGUUGGAGAAAAUCGACUUGACGAAGAUACUGAUAAACAGAGAAAUGAGUACAGAGAGGGCCUUAUCAAUGAUUCAUUCAUGGACAAUUAA